AUGCUUUGUUCAGCGGAGCCUCCCAUAAAGCUUACGAUACAUUCAUCAGAUGCAAAUUUAAUUAGUACUAAUAUUGCCCUGAAUGCACAUCCUCAAACAAAGAUAUCCAGACUUUUGCAAUAUAUCCAUUCGAUCAUAUCGUCACAGGGAGAUACUACAUUACAGCACGUCUCAAAAUAUUGUUUGAAGCACGAUGGACAGGAGUUGCCACUUGAUUCCACACUGAUUACUAUACUAGCGUCUCAUAUAGCUUCUGCUUUCAUACCUUUAGAUUUUGAACAGUUGGAACGCCUUUCAGAAGAAAAUUCUGAUUUAGAUUAUAAUUAUGAGAGUGAAUUUUCGAAAACAGACCUGGAAAUUGAAGUGAAUAUAUUGGCUCGUGAUAAAAUUCAAAAAAGAAAAUUUACUGAUAUUAGAGUGGAUAUAACUAUGGCAAAACUUGAAAAGAUGGCAUUAGAACUAGUCAAUGAUCUGGAGCUAACCUCAGACAAUGAAGGUUAUUGUUCAAUGGUAAAUCAACACUCUUUAGAUAGUAUUAUUGGAUUUAAAAUCAAAGGACAGGAUCAAUCAAUACCCUUAGAUAAUUCAAAUGACUUCUAUAUGGAUUAUUCCUUAUUGCAACUUCUAAAUUUUGACUUACUACCAGAAAAAACAAGCUGUUUUGCUUUAAUGUUUCAAGUUGAACAUACUCAAAAGAUUACUAAUCCAUCAUCUGAUGUGAUGACGCUUGAGCUUUUCUGCAACGAUAAAUUGUCUAUUUCUAAAUUAAAAGUUGAUUCCUCUACAUCUGUCGAAGACGUUAAGAACUUCAUCUGCUGCAUAUACAUGCAGUCGUCAAAUGUCACUCCAGAUAAUGUCAAAUUAAUAUACAGAGGGCAAUUGAUUCCCAACAAAACAUUAACGGGACAUCCUGCGACGAUAAAAAGUUAUAUUAAUGAAUUCCAUGCAGGAAAAUUGCAUGUGCAAGUCGCCCAGUAUAAUUCUAUCACUUUAGAUAAGUUUUGGUCAGAGCCCUUUCAACAUUCUAAUGAAAAUAUAUCGAUUGUGGAUCCCUCUGAUAGACCAAUACAUGUCACAGCCGAUAGGUUUAUGAAUGAACAACAAGGAUCUACUUAUGAAGCACGAGAACCCGUCAGAAGUAAAUAUGUUACUGAGUCAGGUAAAAUAGUUCAGCCACAAAAGGGUCUAUACAGAAAAUGUUUAGUAGAUGGCAGGGAAGUAUUUAUUGAAGAGAAAUAUUUGGACCCAGUGACAACAAUGUUAGUGACCUCAGAUGCCUUCUUCUCACUGUCCACGCAAGAUUAUCGUAUGGAGGGAAAUAUCGUUAGGUUAAGUCCCUCAAAAAUUCAGGAGAUUGAACAGAAGCUCAAUAUCAAGAUUGUGAAAGAAAAUAUCCCUCAAAUAUCUACAAUAAGAAGAAAUGAUCAAAGAAGUUUUUUUAGGUAUGUUAGAAAUAUUAUCCCAUUUAUCGUAUUGGCCGCUAAGACUGUUUAUUUGGUUGGAAGAAAUUCAUUUCUAACUUUUUUCAUUAUGGUCGAAUUUGGAGCUUUCCUGAGUUGGAAAUAUCGAAUAUUGUUGCUGGUUGUAUUAUUAUGUAGAACCAUAUGGGUAACUAGGGAGAUUAGAGUAAUGUGGUCACAUUUUUUGAGGUUAAACGACAUGGAAGAUAAAAUAUUGCUUCAAUUGAAAGAAUACUCCAAUUCUGAUCAGUUAGAUAAUGAUUUUUACGUUAACAAGAUUGAGAAGAACACACAUAUAAUGGAUUUAUUUUUACUGCCUCAACUCCAAGAGAAAAGAAAUGAACUGUAUGAAAAAUAUGGUGGAGACGCCACUAGAGAUGCCUCUUCCUUAAAAGAAAUAUUCAGAUUGAUUCAAUCCGAAACAAUCCCCAUUGAUUCUUUAAAUGAUUUAUUAUGCAAUGUGGUUGGGUUAUACGAUGUGAAAAGUACGCUAACGACGGAGCAACAAUAUUCGUUAAAGGAGUUUUUAAACAUUUUGUAUAGGGACAUGAGUAGGCUGACACUGAAUGAAUUGUCAUUACCGAGAAGAAUUUUUGAGAAGAUUCAACUUCGCAUUGAUUCUAUCGAAGGGAAUGAUUUAUUUGGUAAUGUAAUGAGAAAAAUUGUACCAAACCGAUUACAUGAUAACGUCAUAAUUACAGUUUUGAAGAAUUUCGUUUUGUUUUUCUUUCUAUUCUUACCUGGUCCCAUCAGAAACAAAGUUGAUGAAAUUAUACAAGAGCAGAUAAGAGUACGUGAGAGAAUGCAACAUGAGGAGCAAGAAAAUGAAGCAGCUUCUCAUAACCAAGAUAACGUAUCAGCCAGUGACGUUAAUUCUACUAUACAUGAAGAUCUAGUGGAGGAAGUAAUAGAUAAUGAUCUGGCAUCCACUCAGAAUGACGUAUCAACAUCUACAGGUAUUGAUCUUCACAGAGGCCAGGUUGACUAG